CCGAAACAAGGGUCGAUCUCGAGUCCCCUUCGGCGAACUGAAACCGUUGCCGAUUCCUCGGGCACCACGCCUCUCCAUUGCUAUGGACGUGACAGGCCCGUUUCCCCGCGAUCGCCACGGCCAUGACGGUAUUCUCACGGUCGUUGACCGUUUGAGCAAGUAUGCUCGCUUCCUUCCUUGCAAGUAUCAUGCUGCAGCACCUGAGCUCGCACGACUCUUGCACACCGGUUGGAUUACCAACCAAGGUGUUCCGGAAGAUAUAGUGAGCGACCGAGAUACUCGCUUCAUGUCGACUUUUUGGACUUCCCUCAUGACUGAGUCCGGUACGACAAUGAAGUCGAGCUCGGCUCGGCACCCGCAGACGGAUGGCCAGAUGGAACGAGCGCGCCAGACCACUCAGAUGAUGUUGCGUACGCUCAUCCGUCCCGACCAGAAAGAUUGGGUUGACCGGCUUCCCGACAUCGAGUUCGCCUAUAACACUUCGGUGCACCCGGCGAUCUGCGUCACACCAUUCGAGUUACAUCAUGGUGGAGAGAAAGCACGGAUCAAAGCUCGCGCAAAUAUGCAAAAGGCUCAGAUCCGCAUGCAGCAGCAGGCUAACCGACGUCGACUUCCAUGUCCUUUCCGCGAGGGAGACCUUGUUUGGGUCCUCUCCGAGGAAUUUGCGCUCGAGCAGGAUGUUUCGUGCAAACUCCUUCCGAAAUGGUUCGGACCAUGGGAAGUCACUUCUGCCGUUGGAGACGAUCCCACAGGUCCUUCCUUCGUGAUCAACAUUCCACCGCACCUGACAGUGCAUCGGGUCUUCCACGCAUCGAAGCUGGCCAUCUACACACCACCUUCAGAUGACGAGUUUCCCGGACGUCGAUCACAGGAUCCGCCCUCCAUGGACGGACAUCAGGAAGUGGUCCGAGUCAUCACGCACCGCAAGUAUGGCAACAAGCCAAUACAGUACAAAGUCACAUUCAAGCAAUGUGCGCCUGACGACACUCGGUGGAUCUCCAGUACAGAUUUGCAGACUUCUGCACCCCUUAUCUUCGCCGACUACGAGAAGCGACGCCUUGCUAAGGAUGCAGCUCUUCUGGGUGCUCUGUACAAUGCAUGCGACGACUGGUUUGCUGGCGAGACCCUGUUUGAGAUGCUGAAGCCCAAAUAUGUGAAAUUGGAAGAUUGCCCUGUUACACAUCUGCAGCUCUCCUUCGAGGAGUCGUACACGGGACGCUUCAAGAAGCUGUACGUUCAGCCAGAGCUGCAGCUUAGCAUCCUUGGUGGCCUGGUCAGACUUGCAGAGUAUGGGAAGUUCCUAGCCGAUGAGGGUUGUGCUUCUAUUAUCCUCCAUGUUCGCACGAAACGUCAAACCGUGGACAUGGACCACAAGCGGUUGAGGAAGUAUGUAUCGGCACGCAUCCUGAAAUCGACAGACGCGACCCACUUUGUCAGCGGUAUAAUUUGGGGGGCGAACACCUUCAUGUCGUUUGGCGAACGUCAUCGGGACGAAGCCACGAAGAGUUGGAUUCGUGGGCAGAUUGAGCAGCAGUUCCAUAACACCAUGAUGUCGCUGGACCAGAAGACACGACCAACAUCCGGAGACGCAAUGGGCGGCGCCUCAGACAACACUCAGUCGGCACCGCAGGAGGGCGCCGGGGGAGUCCUGACCAGGUCAGGUUUCAAGGUGUAUGGCGAUGUGUACACGGAUUCAGUGACGAGGGGUGAAUCUUACACCCUAUUGGAAGCUUGCGAGCUCGUCCAACGGACUCGCGAAGUUGUGUUGAAGUUGAAUGAAGGACGAGGUCAGCCGAUCAUCUACAUCCUCUCUCCCUUGUCUGACAUGUUUGAUCGACUUGGAAUGGCCCCAGAUUCUCCCAAGGUGUUCAGGCCUCUGGAAGACAAAUCCGUUUCCUCGAUAACUGCCUUUUUUGACGAGCUGUUGCUGGCUAAGCAGCGGCUGGUCCACUUUCUGGAAUCGGCAUCAGACCUGCCGAUGCUGGACACGCUUGGUGUGCGUGACCGCAAGAGACUGGUGGACAUUGCGGAAAGGGGGAUGCGGCAUCGCCUCGGGAAGUCGUUGGUCGCGGUGCGAUCUGGGAAGGAUGAUGGUAAAGCGGUGAUCGAUCUUUUGGGGGAGCUGAGAAGCAACAAGGACUUGUCGCCGGAGAGCAUUCGGAAGUUCAUAGACCGCAACAUGGAGAAGUUGGAGCAGUACAGGAGCGAGAUGGAGGAGAGGGAGAAGAUGGCAUGGGUCAAGGAACUAGGAAGCAAAGGAGUGCGGUACUUGUGGGUCGGGGGAGGGAACAACGAAGACGUGAGUGCAAAACUGAUGCAGGAGCUGAGUACUGUCGAGAUGGCGGAUGUGUUGUUCUUCACCGAUGUGGAGGUGAGCAGGAGCGAUGAGCGAUGCCGGAAGAACCGCCAGCUCUUCGAAAAGAUUGUGACCGACCACAACAAUUCACUCAUCGCAUCUGCAGCACCAGCAGCAGCAGGUGAAGCAGAUAGUGACGAAGUAGCUGCUGCUGACAAGGGCAACCAAUCUGAAUGUCGUAACAUGUUUUACCUCGUCGAGUACGAGGUCCUCCCCAUGGACAUCCCGCGGUCAGCCAUUCACAGGUAUGCAGGAGGGAAGAGGGUGUCUGUUGACCUCCUGGAUGAUUACAGCUGGUUCAUCUCUCAGAACCUCGUGACACUGUUUGAAGGCCGCCACGAGAAGGGUUUUCCCAUUCCUCACUUCAGUGUGGAUGUCAAGUGCCAAUGUCCGGGUGCUCUGCAUGCUUCCUGCCCUGCGGAGCCGCGGCAGUGGCAAUGCAUCGCCUGCCGGGUGUUCAUUUUGUACGGACGGGACAACUAUUACUACUGCCGGUGUGGUCGUGCACCCGUUGACAAGUUUCGUUUUAAGUGCAACAAUCCGAAGCACUCUGUCGGCGGUGGUGGUGGCAGAACGCGCACCUUCCUGGCCUUCACUCCGGAGGACGACCUGCCGAAGAUGAUGAGGGCAAUGGCAGGCGAGCUGGAGGAGAUCAACAUCUUGUUGCUAGGAGAGACGGGAGUAGGGAAAUCGACCUUCAUCAACGCGUUUGCCAAUUAUCUCUCCUACGGCAGUCUGCAAGAGGCGGAGAAAGACGAACUGGUGAUUCUUAUCCCUACUUCCUUCACCCUCAUUGAUGAAAACUACGAGGAACGAACGGUGAACGUGGAACCUAACUUUGGGGGGGCAGACAACCGAGAAGGGGAUGGCCUAGCGGGGGGAGAAGGAGGAACCAGCACUGCCAGUAGCAAAGAGAGCGGAGCAGCGAGUUUGACGGACGAAGCAAAGGCGAAUGAGACCCUGCAAGCUGGCGCAUCUGCCACACAGGCCUGCAAAGCCUACGUGUUCCCGUUUGCGGACAAGAUAGUGCGGCUGAUCGACACGCCCGGAAUCGGCGACACUCGGGGCAUUGAUCAGGACAAGAAGAACUUUGACAACAUCCUCGCGUUCCUGGGAUUCCAUCGCGACAUCCACGGCAUCUGCAUCUUGCUGAAGCCGAACAACGCCCGUCUGUCGGUCUUCUUCCGGUACUGCAUUCAGCAGCUGAUGUUCCAUCUGCACAAGAAUGCCAGCCAGAACAUUGUGUUCCUGUUCACCAAUGCUCGCUCAACUUUCUACAGGCCCGGCGACACGCUUCCAGCUCUCAAGAAGCUCCUGAAUGACAUCAAGGUGGAGCCUCCCCAUGUGGACAUACCCUUCAAUCACAGCAGCACCUUCUGCCUGGACAACGAGUCGUUCCGUUUCAUGGUCGCUCUCCGGAACGGUAUCAACUUCACGGACGACGACAAGAAGAACUUCAACGUCAGCUGGAACACGUCCGUGAGCGAGUGCAAGAGGCUGAUGGAUCACGUUGCGACCCGCAAACCGCACGCAGUUAAAGACACCAUCUCUGUCAACGAUGCCCGCAGACUGAUCGCCCUCCUCUCGCAACCCAUAGGAGACAUCACCCAGGUCAUUCAGGAGAGCCUGACCCGGCUGGAGGUGGAAAGGACCAAGUUUGAGUCCAACUCGCAGGAUAUCCUGGAUCUGCAGCAAGAUUUGUUCAUUCCCGUGGUCAAGGUGGAGUACGCGAAGCUGCCGGCCCCACGAACCGUCUGCACGUCUCCCCAGUGUCGCAAUGCCAUCGCCAGGCCGCCCAAUCCUGCAGCAGCUCUCCCAGGAAAGGGUGGUGGGGAGGUGGCCGAAGAUACCAAGUGGAAGCCGAACUUUAUAACCUAUGCCGUUUGUUGCAGCCCGUGCUGGCUGGCUACGAUGAGCGGCGUCUCCCUGUGGGACUAUCUCUCGCAGAAAGCUCCUGUAGGCCUGAGGUUGUGCACGGCCUUCCACAAGAUCUCCGGAGCCUGCAAGGUGUGCGGUUGCAACUGGAAGACCCAUGCGCACCAGUUCACGGAGGCCAGGCAAACUGUCCACAAGGUCAAGAAUACUACCAUCGACGGGAAGAUCAAGACAAAGGAGGAGUUGAGGGAAGCCCUGGAGGGGCAUUUGAACACCCUCCGCCAGAGGAUCGUUGAGCUAGAGCAAGAGCAGCAGUCCAUCAAUGGGAUCGUUGCGAAAUUUGCGCACUUCUGCUCUGAGAAUGCCAUCAGCCCCUAUAACGAUGCUUACAAAGACUACCUCGACUAUCUUAUCAAGGUGAAAGAGGCUCAAAGCGGCAGCACCGAUGCCACGGCGCAAGGCCUGAAGAAGGCGAAGAAGGAGUACGAGAAAAAUCUCACCGUCUUGAAGCAAGCCAUGGAAGAGCACAAGGCGGGAGUUGUGUCGCCCAACGAAAUCUCCCUGAUGGUGCGCGAUCUCUACCGACUUAAGCAUAAUGGCAGCAUGAUCGAGCAGGCGGUCAACGAGUACAAAAUGGCAACAGAUGCGAUGCAUGUGACCUACAGUGAAGUUGUCUACAGCAAGGGAAGGAGGCUCAUAAGAUCGCAAGGAGAAGGGCCCGCCUCUGCGGACGCGUUGCAAGGAAUGGUGGAUGGGAUGCAGUUACAGUCAUGAAGAAGGUGCUUGCAUCUCAGGUGUAUUGUCCCCAUGAUCAUUACCUCACGUCGACAUUUCAUGACCUGAAUGGCUCCGGAAUCAUCCAUCUGAUACACACAUUUAUCCCACCAAGAACGACUGGAGAUCUGCAUACCUGUGUUUGUGAGAUCAGAGGGAGAAGGGGCAUGAUGAUAUGAUCCCCCUUCGAAGCAUGGAAGAACGAGCGGGUCAGUUGGUCAGCCACCAAAGCAGCGAUGUCCCCUCACGGGAUUCGAACCCGUGUCUUCGCCACGAAAAAGCGAUGUCCUAUACCCCUAGACGAAAGGGACGUUACAAUGAAUGUGCUUUUAACUCUCAAUUUAACGAGCCAUCGAUCACAGACAUAUAUAUCCAUACUCUCAUCAUCCAUCGCAUACGCACAUGCAUCCAUGAAGAAUAACUGGAAAUCGUGCGAGUGGGCACCUGCUCUGUGAGAUUGGAGGGCGAAGGGGCAAGAUAUGAUCCCCCUUCCAAGCACUUGAAGACCGGGUCGGUCGAUCGACCACCGAAGCAGCUGUGACGUACUAAGAAGGAACCAUCCUAUAUACCCAUCAGUCUUCGUCAUCAGAGGGGUGGAUGCGAGCGACUCUGUUAUGGUUCUGAUUGGUUGCCUUCUUGUGAAGCAUAUCUGUGUUCCCAGAGGUGGCAAUUCUGGUGAAUGUGGCAAUAAGGAUGGUUCCUUGCUAAGAAGGAACCGCCCAUCGCAAGUCCGAUCCAUUUUCGUGACCUUAAUGCGCAGCAAGUGGUGCUGAUAAUGGCCUCUGGGGUUCGAUGUUUGCAUGGCGCAAUGGAAGAGGACAGAACGUGCUGACAAGCCGUUGCCGCGGGGUGAUACAACAAUAUAUUGUGGUACUAUAGCGUGCCUGCUGGUAAGGAGGCUUAUGUGUUCUUUGCGUCGGUCUGCUUUCUGUCUGCCACGAGUAAGUUGAGGGGACCAACUUCAGCGGAACACGCUUCUCUGCACUGGCUAUCGGUGCAACCAAGCCGGUCCAUAAUAUAUAUGACUUCGUGUGAAGUUAUGCCUUGCCUGCCCUGCUUGUGAUGAUCUCUUAUUGUGUGCAUGUGUAGUGAGCCGUUAGGCCCACCACCUUCGCCUAGAUUUCUUCGUCGUUUUGGGUUUUCCGCCUUUGUUUGUGUAUUGCAAGUCUUCUCCUGUCUUGCUGGAGUUUCUGUUGUAUCUUUUACUCAUCUGGUUCCAUUGGAGUUCGAACUUGUACGUACUGAGCUUUCGUAUCUAGCUUCUUUCGAGUAUCAACUUUUAUCUGCCAAGCGCAUCCAUCGUCUCAUUUCUCG